ACACGGCCCGGAGCUCAUAGUGUAUUUUCUAGCCCUGCGUCGGCUGCUUCCCCUCCGCUGUGCCGCCAUUAACGCCUCUCAGCCUGCUGUAUGGAGAUCGAGAAGCGGAUAAAAAUGCUUUGAAGCGGUCAGGAUAGGCGACGGGACGAGGGGGAUCUCUCCCUGUGUGAACUGCUCGCCGUGUGCUCUCAGAGAGAGUGGAUCUGCCGAGCUGAGAGCCUCUCUUAGCGGCAGCGGACCUCCCUCAGCGGCGGAGCGACGAUGACCGAGCUGGUUGUCAAGUGGGCUUGUGAAUACUGCACAUACGAGAACUGGCCGUCGGCCAUCAAGUGCACCAUGUGCCGUGCCCAGAAGCCCAGUGGCGGUGCCAUCAUCACUGAGGAGCCCUUCAAAUGCAGCCCUGCUCUGGAUGCCAGUCUGCACCAGUGGGACUCUCCUGGCCUCAGCAAUAGUCCACCACAAGGGGGUUCAAGCUUACUUAUUUGUCCAGACUCAAGUGCCCGACCUCGUGUCCGCAUCGCAGACGCACCUGAGACGAGCAGUAAGUGGUCUUGUCACAUGUGCACCUACCUGAACUGGCCUCGAGCCAUCCGCUGCACUCAGUGCUUGUGCCAAAGGCAGCAGGCUCUACAGCAGCAGCAGCAGCAGCAGCAGCAGCAGCAUGGACAACACGUUACCCAUCAUGCACUUCACACACAGCAGCCACGGAGCCCCACAGAGUCUCCUCAGACCUCAGGCUCUGGAUGUCGUCCGGCUUCCUCAGCCACCACCACAGACCCCUGUGAGGAAUAUAAUGAUCGGAACAGACUCAACACUCGUGCACAGCACUGGACAUGUACUGCCUGCACUUAUGAGAACUGGUCCAAGGCACCUAAGUGUGUCAUGUGUGACCACCCCAGGCCUAAUAGCCUGUUAGCUGAACCCAUUGAACUUGCGUCAGAGCCCGAAAGCCAACAGCCUUCCUCCAAACGAAAUGAACAGGACCGAGACAACCGGCGGAGUGUUGUUGGACAAUCAGGUGGGCAAGGCGUUGGCGGAGUUCUAACUGGAGUAGGUGGAUGUAGCAGCAGCCAAAGAAGGUCACCCCCGACUGCAAGGCCGGAGUCAGAGUUGAACAUGGAGUUUCAGAGGAUUGAGCUCGCCUCAGGGGCGAGCAUCGGCAGUACGGAAGAGCUGGAGGUGGAUUUUAAGAGGCUGAAGCAGAUCAAGAACCGGAUGAGAAGGACCGAUUGGCUCUUCCUUAAUGCCUGUGUCGGUGUGGUGGAAGGAGACCUGGCAGCUGUGGAAACCUUUAAAUCAUCAGGUGGUGACAUCGCGAGGCAGUUGACAUCAGAUGAGGUGCGCCUCUUAAAUCGUCCAUCUGCGUUUGACGUGGGCUUCACCUUGGUUCACCUCGCUAUCCGCUUCCAAAGGCAGGACAUGCUGGCAGUGCUGCUAACUGAGGUGUCCCAGCAGGCAGCCAAGUGUAUUCCAGCUAUGGUGUGUCCAGAGCUGACAGAGCAGAUCCGCCGCGAGGUCGCAGCCUCUCUUCAUCAGCGGAAGGGAGACUUCACCUGCUAUUUCCUCACCGACCUGGUGACAUUCACUCUGCCAGCAGAUAUCGAGGACCUUCCUCCGGCAGUUCAGGAGAAACUAUUCGAUGAGGUGUUGGACAGAGACGUACAAAAAGAACUGGAAGAGGAGUCUCCCAUCAUUAACUGGUCGUUGGAGUUGGGCACAAGACUGGACAGUCGACUGUACGCACUCUGGAAUCGAACCGCUGGUGACUGCCUCCUCGACUCGGUGCUGCAGGCCACGUGGGGCAUCUACGACAAAGACUCCGUGCUGCGGAAGACGUUACACGACAGCCUCCACGACUGUUCGCACUGGUUUUACACACGUUGGAAGGAGUGGGAGUCCUGGUAUUCCCAAAGUUUCGGUCUGCACUUUUCACUACGGGAGGAGCAGUGGCAGGAGGACUGGGCCUUCAUCCUCUCGCUGGCCAGCCAGCCCGGAUCCAGUUUGGAACAAACCCACAUCUUCGUCCUCGCACACAUACUUCGUAGGCCCAUCAUCGUCUAUGGAGUGAAGUAUUACAAAAGUUUCCGUGGAGAAACGCUUGGGUUCACCCGUUUUCAAGGUGUGUACUUGCCACUAUUGUGGGAGCAGAGUUUCUGCUGGAAGAGUCCCAUUGCUCUGGGAUACACGCGCGGCCACUUCUCCGCUCUGGUCGCCAUGGAGAACGACGGCUUUGACAAUCGCGGCGCAGGCGCCAACCUCAACACCGACGACGACGUGACGGUCACGUUCCUGCCGCUGGUCGACAGUGAGAGGAAGCUGCUACACAUUCACUUCCUGUCAGCGCAGGAAAUGGGGAACGAGGAGCAGCAGGAGAAGCUGCUGCGGGAAUGGUUGGACUGCUGUGUCACGGACGGCGGCGUCCUGGUCGCCCUGCAGAAAAGCUCCCGCCGCCGAAAUCACCCGCUGGUCACGCAGAUGGUGGAGAAGUGGCUGGACGGCUACCGGCAGAUCCGACCUUGUCCCUCGCUGUCGGACGGAGAGGAGGAGGAAGACGACGACGACGAGUGACAUACGUGACGCGGGGGCGUCGGUCAGCGGGAGGCAGGACUCCUCCCUACGCUCCCUCCCUCACCUCACAGUUUACCUUUGAGUUGGUUAAUUUCCUUUUCUGACACGGAUAAACUGUGAACGCCUUGCGGAGAGGCCUUCGAUCUCUGUUCAAGAUUCUGCUCCCUUCCGAGACACACAUGCACGUACGCACACACACAAUCAAGGUUUACAGUCGUGGAAGAGCUCUGGGUGUCAAGGAUCCGAGGAAUAUUUAUCAUGUAAAUGUAAAUGCAUGUGGUUAUUUAAACAAAGCGUAUACGGAAAUAUACCAGCAUCCACUCUAAACACUUUCGAUGUGUUCACUACAGGCACUGACUCGUCCUGAAGUGCGUCUCAUUCACUGAGGGAAAAACUACUUUGACCAUUUUACAUGACAAUUUAGAAAAAAAAAACUACAGAAGAAUUAUUCAGAUCUAUUUUUCUACGGCAAUAUGUCAUCAAAAAUGGCUUGGUUUUCCUGAAUUGGUUUCUUCUUUAUUUAAAUUAAUUUUUAAUGAUAAAAUCAGACUUGGUUUUUAUUAAACCGCUGGAAAUAAGGCAGGUGGUUGCUGACCAUAAAUGGGAUUAUUUUUUAAUGAGAAGAACGUUCUUAGUUAUGAUUCAAAAACUGAAAAUAUCACUUUAGAGUCUCAAUUUUAAUGUCCAACAUCUUCAUGUAUUCACUGUUUCAUUGGCUUGAAACCAUUGCUUUUUGUUAGCAUGUGCUUUUUAAUUUAUUUUUGAAUUUCUAUUUUUC